AGGAGUGAUCCGUUCCUUUCAGUCGUCAGAUUUCCUCCUCUUUCAGACUUGUUCUUUCCAGUCGUCCGAUCCGUCGCCGGGGGUAUGGCAGCUCCACCGGGCGACAACGAGCGGCCGCGUGUCGGUCUCCUCUACGACGAGCGGAUGUGCGCUCACACGACGCCCGAUGGUGAGAUCCAUCCCGAGUGUCCGGAGCGGAUUCGAUCCAUAUGGAAGAAGCUCGAGUCCGAGGGGAUCCCUCAGAGAUGCAUAAUUCUGGAUGCUAAGAUGGCCGAGGACAAGCACAUUGCAUAUGUCCAUAGUGCGAAACACAUCAAGUUGAUCAAGAGUAUCAGCUCUAAGGAAUUUGAUUCUCGACGUCAGAGAAUUGCUUCAAAGUUCAACUCUAUAUAUCUCAACAAGGGUUCAUCUGAAGCUGCUUACCUUGCAGCAGGAUCAGUUAUUGAAGUCUCUGAGAAGGUUGCUAAAGGUGAUAUCAAUUCUGGUAUUGCUAUUGUUAGGCCUCCAGGACAUCAUGCGGAACCUGAUGAAGCUAUGGGUUUCUGCCUCUUCAAUAAUGUGGCAAUUGCAGCUAAUUUUCUUUUGAACGAGAAGCCAGAGUUGGGCAUAAAGAAGAUAUUGAUUGUGGAUUGGGAUGUUCAUCAUGGAAAUGGCACCCAAAAAAUGUUCUAUGAUGAUCCUCGUGUGUUAUUUUUCUCGGUUCACAGGUUUGAUUAUGGAAGCUUCUAUCCAUCUGGUGAUGAUGGUGCUUAUUUUAUGAUUGGGGAAGGACCAGGGGCAGGGUAUAACAUUAACAUUCCCUGGGAGCAUGGUCAAUGUGGUGAUUCAGACUACGUGGCUGCAUGGGACCAUAUAUUGAUUCCUGUAGCCAAAGCAUACAAUCCUGAUAUUAUCUUGGUUUCUGCCGGCUUUGAUGCAGCCAUUGAUGACCCUCUUGGUGGUUGUUGUGUUACACCUUAUGGUUAUUCACUUCUAUUAGAAAAGUUGAUGCCAUUUGCCCAAGGAAAGAUAGUAAUGGCCCUGGAAGGUGGAUAUAAUCUCAAUUCUAUAGCUAACUCUGUUCUGAGUUGUGCAAAAAUACUGUUGCAUGAAGAAGUUGUUGGAUCUUCACGCAGUCCUGCUUUUGAAUCUACAUGGGAUAUCCUAAAAGCGGUUCGACAUGAACUAAAAGGAUAUUGGCCUGCUCUUAAUAUCAAGCUACCUCAGAGCUUACUAGCUAGCCGUGGAAGACCUCGCCCACCUGAGGUAACCUACUCUAGUUCUGAAUCUGAGGUGGAGAUGGAUAAGGGCAUCAACACUGCAGAGAAUGUGGAGGAUGGAAAAUUUGCUGAAGAUCUGAUUCUACCACUUUCAAAACUGGAUCUAGAUGAAGAUUGCGAUGGGAUAAAUGCUUCAAGUAAACUUCAAAUAGAGGGACACUCAUCUCAAUGCGAAUCAUGUCAUGAUCCACAAACACUGAUACCAAGCGAUAUUAUUGCUAGUAGCUUCACAUGGAGAUCUUCAUUGUCAAAAAUUGAAGUUUGGUAUGCAAGCUAUGGGUCAAAUAUGUGGAAGCCAAGGUUCUUGUGCUACAUAGAAGGUGGAAAGGUGCAAGGUAUGACUGUUCCAUGCAGUGGAUCACUUGAUAAGAGUUUACCAAGAAGCAUUAUCUGGAAAGUUUUGCCUCAUAGAUUAUUGUUUGGAAGAUCUUAUACCCGUACAUGGGGAAAGGGAGGUGUUGCUUUUCUUAAUCCUGAAAGGGACACGAGCGAAAAAGCUCACCUGUGCAUGUAUAGAAUAACACUCGAGCAGUUUAAUGAUGUAUUGGCUCAAGAGAAUAGUCUGCACCAAGAAGAUGGAGCAAUUCAGAGGAUGGUAUCUCCAUUGUUGGAUGUAGACAUCCUUAAUUAUGUCGCCAAGAACAAGUCUACUCGCUUGGAAACCAUUAAGGAUGGAUGGUACUCCACUGUUCUUUAUUUGGGGGAGGAGGAUAAUGUUCCAAUCUUAACAAUGACUUGCUCAGCGUCAGAUAUACAGUGUUUCAAGUCUGGUGAGUUUCCGACAUCUGCGCCUUCUAGAGACUAUAUGAACACGUUGGUGAAUGGUCUCGUGGAAGGGAAGCAACUCACCGAGGCGGCGGCCACUGCAUACGUCGAUGAUGCUGCCUCGAGAAGAUUAUAAGGUUUAGAGUUCCUGUCUCAUUUUGUGAAUUGCUUCAUUGAGCAAGAACAAAGUCUCAAGUGCCAGAUUUCUAGAAUCCAUACAACUCAUUCUGGUUGAAAGGUAGACUAUGGUCUAUCGUCAUCAGAUUCAACUUUACUAAUCUGUAGUUACUGUGUGUUUCCUUUGAGUAAAAUCUAUCCUUCUGGAUAAACUAGCUACUUAAA